AUGGCCGAAGAUCACCCGACCUAUCUUUCACCUAGUGAGCUAGGCUCAAAGGACUAUUGGGAAACAUACUACGCCCGGACCCUGGCCCACAUCUCAAACACCGAAGAUGCCGAAAAUUCAGACGCAGACUCAGACGUAAACGACGAAGAUGACCCAGGCACAUCCUGGUUCUCAGAACAUAAUGCACCCGAAAAGGUCCUCCGCUUCCUGACGCGUCGCUCGUUCCCACUCGCACCGAAGAAUACCCGCAGCGCAGAAAAACAGCCUACCAUCCUAGAUCUAGGUACUGGAAACGGGAGCAUGCUCGCGUUGCUACGUAAACGGGGUGGGUUUGCGGGUAAGAUGGUUGGUGUGGAUUAUUCGCCGCUUAGUGUUGAGUUAGCGAGGGAGUUGCAGAGGUCUAGGGGGCAUUCUGCCUAUCGGACUGAUUCUGAGGAUGAGGAGGACUCCGAGGAGGAGGGAGAGGGAGAGGGAGAGGGAGAGGCUGUGCAGGUGGAAGCGUCGCCGAUCCAAUUCGAGGAAUGGGAUGUGUUGGGCUCGAAGGAUAUUCUCUCGCCUGAAGGAUUACCUACCCCGUCUCCAUCUGGGGAGAUGUUAUCCUGGUUCCCGUAUGCAAGUGGUGGCUUUGAUAUAGUUCUCGACAAGGGUACUUUCGAUGCGAUUUCUUUAGCGGAUGAUGCGAAGGAAACGAGAGUUUGUGAGCGGUAUCCUGAUAUUGCGAGACGGCUUUUGAGGCGGGGUGGGUUUUUGGUUGUUACUUCUUGUAAUUGGACGGAGGAGGAGUUGAUCGCGGCAUGCGAGACAUUUGGAUUGCUGUGCUAG